AUUUAUUCUGUAGCAUUUUUACUUGAUCUCAUAGAACCACCAAAAAUCAUGACCGUUUUCCCCCGCGCAGCCCCUCUGAAAAAACCUACUUGCCUCAUUUCUCGCGGGAAAAUUUUUUAAUGCUUCCCUUCACUGCAACAGACCUAAAUUAGAGUGGUCAUAUUAUGGCAACAUGGCCAUCUGGAUCUGUCCGAACAACCAUAAAUUAAGAAUGGGGGAAUACCCAAAAAGCAAACCUAUAUAAGGCUGUUCUGCCUGUUCGUUACCUUUUUUUUUGUGCAAUCAAGUCCCAUAUAAUUUUUGUGCGAAUCCAGGACUGGAGAUGGAGAAUACCGACUUCUCUGCACUCAAAAUUGAAGACGCUCCCAGCUGUGGGCUUCAAAGAUAUGGCAGUCUUGAGCAACAAUCUCCAGUACAAAAGCCCUUAACCCAACAACAGAGAGACAGGAUGCAGCUUAACAAGAAAAUGGCAAUGGCCAGGCAGAAGACCAGAAGGCAAUCGCAUGAAAUCCCGAUUGCAUCACAGGAGGAAUUGCCUGUGGAACACAGCGUACCCUUUUGGCAACCAGAUAUAGAUAUCGAUAUAUUGAGGAAUCAUUCUGAUGAUUCGUAUUGCGAAGGAUGUAGCAAACCCAUUUCAUUGUCCAAACAGCAAGUCAGAGUUCUUCGGGCUAUUGUAAAAGGGCAAUCCGUUUUUGUGACAGGGUCCGCAGGAACAGGUAAGAGUUAUUUGCUUGAGUUUGUAGUUAAAAUCCUUAGAAAAAUGCAUGGUUCAAGUUCAGUCUUUGUAACAGCCUCAACGGGUAUUGCUGCAUGCCAUUUGGGUGGGAUGACAUUACAUUCCUUUGUUGGAGCCAUUCCUGGCGACACUAGUAAAAUUGAGCUGUUGGCAAGGAUAAAAAGAAGUAGGAAUACUGUUAAGAGAUGGAAGAAAGCAAAGGCAUUGAUUAUAGAUGAGAUAAGUAUGAUUGAUGGAGAGUUUUUUGAUCACCUGAAUUAUGUGGCCAAUGAGUUGAGGGAUCCAGUGGUGGGGGCAACUAAAAGGGUGUGGGGUGGCUUGCAACUUGUUGUGACUGGGGAUUUCUUUCAGCUACCCCCUGUGAGACCACCGAAUCCAAACAAAUACUUUGCAUUUCAGGCAGAUUGUUGGGAUGAAUGCUUUGACAAGCAGAUAGAGCUGAAACAUGUUUUCAGGCAAUCAGAAAGGGAUCUGAUAGACAUGUUGCAGGAAAUAAGGAAGGGUUUGCAGAACCCAUUGACGUUGGCAAAAUUGAACCAUUGUCAUGGUCCACCUGUGGCUGAAGAUGGGUCUGUGGUUAGAUUGUAUCCGAGGAAUGAGGAUGUGAGGAGAGAAAAUGAAGAGAAACUGAAGCUGCUGGGGCAGAGCAUUGUCACCUUCACAGCACUGGAUACAGGAAAAGAACAGGCCAAGAAACUAUUACAAAGUGGGAUUUGCCCUGAUCAAAUUGGUCUUUGCUUAGGGGCACAAGUGAUGCUUAUAAAAAAUAUAGAAACGGAAAAGAAACUGGUAAAUGGUGCAACAGGUGAAAUUGUUGAUUUUGUUGAGGACGGCUAUCCAAAGGAGAUCAGUGCAACAGGCCUCUGGCCAAAAGUAAAAUUUCAAUGUGGACAAGAGAGGAUAAUAGGACCUGAGGUUUGGAGCAUUAUGGAAGGGGACAAAGAGGUGGCUGCAAGAACACAAGUGCCGCUGAUUUUAGCAUGGGCUCUCAGUGUGCACAAAUGCCAGGGGAUGACAUUGGAUAGAGUUGAGACAGAUCUUCGCAGGGCAUUUGAUUAUGGCAUGGUGUAUGUAGCCCUCUCUCGUGUAAAGAGUUUGGAUGGACUUCGGCUAAUUGGGUUUAAUCCAUCAAAGAUUAAAGCACACCCAAAGGUUCUUGAUUUCUGUCACAAACUUACCAAGCACAAGGAGGCUCCAUUGGCAGCUGAGAAGAGAAAUGAAGCAAGCAGGCAGAAUUCGAAUUACAGCAACAUUUAGCUUUGGCAGAUAUCUGAUGAAGGAAAUGGUUAGCACAUCUGGAAGAAUAGGGAUUAGUGAUGGCAACUUUGAGCUAUGGAAGCUCAAAAUGUUAGACAGUUUGGUAGACAAAGAUCUAUGGGCGGAUGUAUUUGAAAAGAUGCCAUCAAGCAUGAAAUAAGAAGAUUGGGAUUUAAUGGAUCGAAAGGUUAAGCAUAUAGUAGGACCAUGGUUGAUUUUGUGCUCUUAAACAUCCAUGAAGAGAAGAUUGCAUUAAAACGUUGGGAUAAACUUGCCCAAUUUUAUUGGGCUAAAUCCUUGGUAAAUAAGUUGUUCCUACGAAAGAAAAUGUAGUCUUCAUGCUCACCAUUGGAGCCAGGAGUGAUGAAGAGUGUUGCAUCUACUUCUAAUGGUCAAGCUUUUUGAGUACUUAAGGGUGCUCAUGGCACCAAAGACUUGACCAUAUCUAUGAGAAGGGUCUUAGAGCUCUAAAAGUAAAAGCAUCAUUGAGGGACUAGAUGAUUGUAAUCUUUAGUUCAAUUUUUGUGAAUAUUACAUGUAUGGAAAAGAACCGUGUUCAAUUUUGUCUAGUUCUCACAAGUCUUUUGGGGUGUUAGUUUUAAUUCAUUAUGAUAGUAAAUCUAAAGUCUUUGUAAAUUCAAAGAGUUUAA